AUGUCUCUCAUCGGACACCAAGGCGGCCUCUCCAUCGGCAAGGCUGAACGUCCCGGCCCCUCCCUGGGCAAGAAAGUCAACAAAGACGCCACCCAAUCCACGGCUGAGAAGCCUUCAUCCUCUUCUUCUUCUCAGUCGUCCACCGUUGAACGCCGCGGCCUCGGUCAGAUGAUUGGCGGCAUCCUCCACAGCCAGCGUCGAGACGAGGCACAACAAGCUCGCGCUGCGUCCUUGGAGGAAGACCGAAGUGACGUUGCUUCGCUCUCCUCGGUUGCUACGGAAAAGAGAGCCCUCUUGAAGGCUGCGGCGGAAAAGAAAAAGGACAAGGGUCGCUCAUAUGGCAAACCCGAACCAAAACUGCCCAAUCCCAACGAUGCCAUGAUGCCUCGCAACAGAUUCUGGUCUUAG